UGCGAUUACACGCACGCAGACACCGGGGUCUCCCCGUUUUAUAGCUGUUAAGAUGAAACGCGAGGAAACCUGAGCGUACCGUCGGAGGAUUUCAGUAUAUUUACAACGGGGCAACAUCUAGAAGGUGCCUAAGACUUUAUAAAUUGAUACCUGAGCAGAACAGCGCAGGGUAGUUAAACUGGACGGAACGGAUUUCCGAUGGACGUAAUUGUCGCGAAAUUACGACGUUGCUUUUAGGUUACUUUAGAGACUUAUUGGAAUAUGUGACGCGUUGCUGAAAGUGAGGCCAGACAUCAGUAUGUAGGAAGCGAUGCACGAAACCUGAAGAUCAAUGCAACGUCGGUCACGGAUUUUGAGAGAAGGUGUUGCCGCGCGAGGCCUGACUGACAGCUGCAUUUAGUACAAACCGCACUUAAAGCAACCAGACGAUUGCGUAUAGCGUUUCUUAACUUGAUCGAGAGGCGGACCGCUCUUUUUUCUUGUCAAACAAGGACCUUGAAACUGCAGUGUCAGUGUCGCGUGCGUGUCAGAGACAUGUAAACGCGCACGUUGGAAUUUAAAGUGCGCGAGCUAAUGUCAUCCGGGACCAUAGUUAUGGACCACGAUGACCUGGACCCGGAGGCUUCGGAUUCUGCCAUGCACGGGAUUUACGGAGCGCACCGGCCCAGGCCCUCCUCUUACCGGGCGCUGCGAAGCGCCGUGUCCAGCCUGGCACGAAUAGAUGACUUUAUUUGCGAGAAGAUCGGCUCAGGUUUCUUUUCGGAGGUUUUCAAGGUGCAGCAUCGUGUCACAGGGAAGGUGAUGGCUCUGAAGAUGAACACUAUGGCCAGUAACAAAGCCAACAUGCUAAAGGAAGUACAACUGAUGAACCGCCUCAGGCAUCCCAACAUACUCAGGUUUGUGGGAGUGUGUGUACACGAGGGACACCUCCAUGCUCUCACAGAGUACAUUAACGGUGGUAACCUAGAGCAGCAAUUGAACAGUGAUGUGUUCCUCUCGUGGUCUGUGAGAAUAAGCCUCAGUCUGGACAUUGCCAGAGGACUGCAGUACCUCCACAGCAAGGGCAUAUUUCAUAGAGACCUCACAUCAAAGAACUGUCUCGUGCGAUUGGAGAACGGGCACUGCAGUGCUGUGGUGGGGGACUUUGGCCUUGCAGAGAAAAUUCCUGAGCACAGUGAUGGGACAGACAAACAGUCCUUGGCUGUCGUUGGCUCUCCAUACUGGAUGGCUCCAGAAGUGCUGAGAGGAGAACAUUACAAUGAAAAGGUGGAUGUAUUUGCAUAUGGUAUCAUUCUCUGCGAGAUCAUUGGUCGGAUACAGGCAGAUCCUGACUUCUUGCCACGGACUGAGGACUUUGGUUUAGAUGUGGAGGCUUUCAAGCAGAUGGUGGUAGACUGUCCUCCUCAUUUCUUUAACCUCUCUGUCACCUGCUGCAGCAUGAAUCCACAGAGUCGGCCCUCAUUCACAGAGGUGGUGGAAGAGCUGGAGAAGAGAGUGACAGAUGGAGAGCAGAGUCGAUGUGUGGAGCCUGAUGUUCCGGACCUGUUGUCUCCGAACUCUGCAUCGAAAAGCAUUCUCAAUCGAAAGCUUUCUCUAGACGUCCCCGCCGACACUCGUCUCUGCCGCAGCAAGUCGGACGUGCUCCGCCCUUCAGACUCCCUCCUGAGCCAUGCCACACCCACCCGGGUCAACCCCUUCUCCCAGCGGCUGGACCUCAACGGCGGCCGCAUCAAGCUCUUCGAUACCCCCAGCAAGUCGGUCAUUUCCCUCACCUUUGCGCUCCCCCCACCCCCUGACCCCUGUAGCCCCAUCUCCAACAAUAAAGCCCCACCCCAUUUUCAUAGACGCAGCCAAUCGCUGCCUGGCACAGCAGACGACAUCAAGUCCCUGUGCAGCAGCACUGAAAAGGACAAACGCAGGAAUAAUGAAAGCGUUAUGGAUGUUUUGAAACUUGAUGUGCGCACACACGAAGCGAAUCCUGUUAAUGGCAGUAUGCUGGACAUGGGGAGAGACAGUGUGUUGACCAUGAGCAAUGAGAGUAUUUUUGACUUGCCUAACACUAGUGGACUUGUUGAUACACCUAGUGAGGAUAUUAGGCAGUCAUACCCUGAGCAGGACCAACAGGAAAGGGAUCUCGAAACGAAAAGUCGUGAUGCUGUAGCUGAUGACUCCGGACUGCCGUUAGAUCUUGAAUCUGCAAACAGAUCGACAUUAGAGGAGAGUUUCGAGGAGCCCAUGGACUGCACUAGCUCUCCUGAUACACCAGAUGGCGCUGUUCCUACAUCACCCAAACAUUUUUUAAGUGGCUGGAGCUCCCCCAUCUUCAACGGACCACCCUCGUUGCCACCUUUACUAGACACGGACAACAACAACGGCACCAUCCCCAUAAGUCGAUCCGUGGGAUGGGGGACUAACAACUCUAAUGGUGCCACGACUCCCCUUACGCCUCCAGAACCGGAUGAGGUCAUAUCCUGUCCUGGAUGCUGCUUAUCGGGGAUGAGUUUUCCCUCCAUUUGUGCACGUGGACCUCGACAGAACCCUUACAAGAACUUAAAUGGCGAGGCAGCUGGGAAAAGGCUUCUGUGCAAGGCGUUGCCACCCUCACCCACAGAGCCAAACGUUGCUCUGCCUGGCACGAGAACAUAAUGAGUCUGAUGUAAAUGAAUGCUGCAUGAUACAUGAGCACUAAGCUUAAAGUCGAUGCUACUGCUUUAUGUGUUCGAGCUGAAAUUGAAUUGAAAAAUGUCAUUUUGCAGAAAAUUGCUAUAUUGGUUAGACUAGGUGGGUCAUUUAGCGUUCCUGUCCAACGUUCUAGUCCCCUAAACUGGAAUGUUUUCAUUAGUUUUAUGCCUCUAAUGUAAUAAAGACUAGUUUAUGUCAAUAUUUUUGUUAUUUUUACAGUUAUUUGAGAGUUUAUGAAAGUACUUUGAGAAUGGAAAAAAUGCUGAGAUUUAAUAUUUUAUUAAUGACAUUAAAAAUGGCAUU